ACGAGUUGCCACGAGCUCAAGCCCUGCAGUGUUCACAUUUCUGAAAACUCCACACUCCCAUAGACAGAGGGGGCGAGAGAGGGAUUGAGAAUGGGGAGGAAAAAGGGUGUGGUGUUCGAUGAGGGAGCUCCGGAUGACUUCGACCCGGAGAACCCAUAUAAGGACCCGGUUGCUAUGCUAGAGAUGAGGGAGCAUCUGGUGCGGGAGAAGUGGGUCGACAUCGAGAAGGCCAAGAUCCUCCGCGAGAAGGUGCGCUGGUGCUACCGGAUCGAGGGUGUCAACCACCUCCAGAAGUGCCGCCACCUCGUCCAGCAGUACCUCGACGCCACUCGUGGCGUCGGCUGGGGCAAGGACCACCGCCCCCCAUCUCUCCAUGGUCCUAAGGCCGAGUCGUAAUGAAUUUGGCUAUUCUCUCAAUUGGUGUCAGGCAAAUGAGUCCAUUUGGUGUAUUUGACAUAUAAACGGUACAAGUUCGGUUCCUGCCUUGCAUCAGUAUAACUUGUAUUUUUAUUUCACUUUAUUUUCUACAACAAGACCUUUUUGUAAUUGACUCACUUCUGCAUACGCCAAUGGCUUCUUACUGGUUUCUUUCUUCAGUUACUUUGCUUUACUUUGCAAUUGAGCGAUAUGGAUUUGAACUUGAUGAAAAUAAAGGAAUAUUUUUG